CAUAUCAAUGCAAUUGAAAGUAUUUCUCACUUCUUCCUCUCAAAGUUGAAAUCGUUGAAAUAGUGCAGUAUAUUUGUUUACUUGGAAAAGAUGAGUCAAAUAUGUCCGAUGCGAGCCUUGCGGUCUUGAGUCUGUGACUCACUGACUUCCAUGUCAAUAAUUGUCAAUUUGUGUGUAAACUGCCUAAACAUACAGGGUGCGGUGUAAAUUAAGUGAUUUCACCCCUUUUGUGACAAAGUAACUGCAAAACAAAUCGAUCGAUAAUCGAUUAACACAUCUUUAAGGUGAAAAUCACCUUCAAAAUGUCAUAUAUGAAUCAGAAUACCAGGCCAAUUUCUGGCCAUUACCAGAAUUCCGAAAUGACCGCAAAGGAACAGACCCUGAUGUGGCAGCAAAAUUCCUACAUGGGUGACUCUGGAAUCCACUCCGGAGCAGCCACCCAAGUACCAUCCUUAACAGGAAAGGAAGAAGAAGACAUGGAUAUUUUCGAUCUUGAUCAAGGGUACCCCCAAGGUUUUACCCAGGAUCAAGUUGAUGAGAUGAACAGUCAACUGAAUCAGACUAGAUCACAGAGAGUCAGAGCUGCCAUGUUUCCAGAAACUUUGGAAGAAGGUAUAGAAAUUCCAUCGACUCAAUUCGAGAACACACAUCAGACGGCUGUCCAACGUCUUUCUGAACCAUCUCAGAUGCUGAAACACGCCGUUGUGAAUCUGAUCAAUUAUCAGGACGACGCCGAUCUGGCCACUAGGGCCAUACCGGAGCUGAUAAAGCUGUUGAACGAUGAAGACCAGGUGGUGGUGUCUCAGGCAGCGAUGAUGGUCCACCAGCUGUCCAAGAAGGAGGCUUCCAGACACGCCAUAAUGAACAGCCCUCAGAUGGUGGCCGCCUUGGUUAGAGCCAUCUCCAACUCCAACGAUCUGGAGACCACCAAGGGAGCCGUGGGCACCCUGCACAAAUUGUCGCAUCACAGGCAAGGUUUAUUGGCCAUCUUCAAGAGCGGAGGCAUUCCUGCCUUGGUGAAACUGCUGAGUAGCCCAGUCGAAAGCGUUCUCUUCUACGCCAUCACCACCCUGCACAACCUGUUGCUCCACCAGGACGGUUCCAAGAUGGCCGUCAGACUGGCCGGCGGUCUGCAAAAGAUGGUCGCUCUGCUGCAGAGGAACAACGUCAAAUUCCUGGCCAUCGUCACCGAUUGCCUUCAGAUCCUGGCCUAUGGUAACCAGGAGAGCAAGCUGAUCAUCCUUGCCUCCCAGGGCCCCAUCGAGCUGGUGAGGAUCAUGAGGAGUUACGAUUACGAGAAGUUGCUGUGGACCACCUCUAGGGUGUUGAAGGUUCUCUCUGUGUGUUCGAGCAACAAGCCCGCCAUAGUCGAGGCGGGGGGCAUGCAAGCCCUCGCCAUGCAUCUGGGCAGUCCCAGCCAACGUCUGGUCCAAAACUGUCUCUGGACCCUCCGAAACUUGUCAGACGCAGCCACCAAGGUGGACGGACUCGAAAACUUGCUGGGAUCCCUCGUUCAAGUACUUGCGGCCACCGACGUGAACGUAGUGACCUGCGCGGCUGGUAUCUUGUCGAAUUUGACGUGCAACAAUCAGAGGAACAAAGUGACGGUCUGUCAAGUUGGAGGCGUCGAUGCCUUGGUCAGAACCAUCGUGAACGCCGGAGACAGGGAGGAGAUAACAGAGCCUGCGGUUUGUGCACUUCGUCAUCUGACUUCAAGACAUGUAGAAUCCGAGAUGGCACAGAAUACAGUUAGAUUGAACUACGGUAUUCAGGUUAUCGUUAAACUGUUGAACCCACCUUCACGCUGGCCAUUGGUCAAAGCUGUUAUUGGCCUGAUCAGAAACUUGGCCCUUUGCCCGGCCAACCAUGCUCCUUUGAGAGAACACGGAGCUAUACACCAUCUGGUGCAGCUGUUGAUGAGAUCAUUCCAAGAUACCCAAAGGAGAACAAGCGUCUCCACUGGAGGCAGCCAGGCUCCGGGGACUUACGCCGACGGUGUAAGAAUGGAGGAGAUAGUCGAGGGGACAGUUGGAGCUUUACAUAUAUUGGCGAGGGAGUCCCACAACAGGGCCAUCAUCCGCCAACAGAUGGUCGUUCCGAUCUUUGUCCAGCUGUUGUUCAACGACAUAGAGAACAUCCAACGCGUUGCUGCCGGCGUUCUCUGCGAACUUGCUGCCGAUAAAGAAGGGGCCGUGAUGAUCGAACAGGAGGGCGCCACUGCGCCAUUGACUGAGUUGUUGCACUCUAGAAAUGAAGGAGUGGCAACAUACGCAGCAGCUGUUCUUUUCCGCAUGAGCGAAGAUGUAGAAGAUAAGAAGCGGCUGUCAAUGGAGUUGACAAACUCCCUCUUCAGAGAGGAUACCGGAUGGAACCCUGAUCUGAUGGGAGCUGAUUUACAAGACAUUUUGAGUCCAGACCAGCCUUACGACGGUAUGUAUGGACAAGGACCUCCCAGUGUCCAUAGUAAUCAUGGGGGCCAACCCUAUCAACAAAGAGGACCAUAUGACCAGAUACCAGUAGGGAGUAUGGAAGGAUUAGAAUUAGAAUCCCACACUGGAGGUAACGGUUCAAUAUAUAGUGCAAUGGAAGUGGAAACAGCCGAUCAGGACUUGAACUUUGAUCAGCUUCCUACUCCUCCACAAGACAACAGCCAAGUUGCAGCGUGGUACGAUACUGACCUAUAAUUUUAUUUUAUAAUUUGUAAGUGCUAAAUAAAUAAUAAUAUCAUUUUUUUUAUUAUCACUAGAAGUUUGAAAACUCUAUAUAUAUAUAUAUAUAUAUGUAUAGUUCGAAAACUAAAACGGAUCAAAACAAUUUAAAAAUUCAUAAAUCCUCGUGCAUUAUCGCAAAAUCUUAUCGAAACAUUUUUUGAACUCAUUCAAUUGAAAAGUAGCAAUUUAUUGAAUAGUGGAUCGUAGGAAGAUGUUUUCUAUUAUCAGUGCAGGCAGCUUUAAAAGAGACUUAUAUAAAUUUAUUCGAUGUGUUUUAAUCAAGUGAAAAAGAUUUUUACUUCGAAGAAUAUUGUGACGUUCUGCAAUCUUAAGAAUUUCGGUGCCAAUUUUUUUUUAUAUGUUUACUUUCUUUGAAAUUAUUUAUUAGUUAAGUUCAUAUAUUUAUAUGUUCAUUAAGUGCUAUUACUCGUAUGUAUUUGUGUAGUUUAAAACAUUUAUUCACAUGUUUCACAUUAGCAUUAAACACUACAGUAUUGGAAAACAAUAACAUAUAGCGUAUAUGUCAUUUUUUUGUAUUUAGGGCUUUUUUUUAUGUUACAAUGAUUUUUUUCUACCUAUUUUAUGUGCACUGUGAUAACUUCCAUUGUGUUUUAGAUGUUAUUUCUUAAAGUAAUCAACAGGGUAGAGAUUAAAGGUACUACUGCCACAUAUAUGCUUCUAUUUAUAGAAAAGUAAACUUUCUAAAUGUA